UCCCUUGCUGCAGCCCGGACUGUCUGCUGGCCUGCAGCUGAGCCCUGUGGAACUCUGGGAAACGUAGUCCUGUCUGCCCGGCUGCUGGAGGCACAGAGAGAGAGACAUGACAUCCUCCACAGAGAGAGAAGGAAACUGCUGAGUCAUGUCUGCCAGCCUGGACGAUACAGACAGCGUGUUCGACCUGAACGAGGUCCCGGAGACAGAGCUUCUGGAUAACAGCAUCCAGAAGGGCCGCGCCCAGCUGUCUGUCAGGGCCCGGCGGCAGAGGCCCUCCCGGUCCCGCUACCGCGACAGCGUGAGCUCCACGGAGGGCGACGACAGUCUGGAGAGGAAGGAGAGUCCGUUGCACUCCACUCACUCACCUCUCCACCUGGCCGUGCGAGGCUCCUCCCCCUCUCCUAAUUCGCUGCUGUCGGCUCGAAGCCCCGCCUUCUCCUUCGACGCCUCGCUGGUGCGCCGCUCCCCAGACCAUGAAGGCCUCUCAUUGGCUGCUCCUCCGAGGGGGCGGUACCGUCAGCUGACCAAUACCACGUCUCAGGAGGCGCUGGUGACGCCCAGCAGCCCCCCCUCCUCCAGGUCCUGCCCCCCCACAGACUGCCCCCGCGUCUACAUGAGGAGGAGCAGGAGGCCGGACAGCGAGGUGUUGGUUUCUGACUCCAGUCGGGACACGAGUCCAGGUGAUCCCGGCAGUCCGACAGUCGUCUUCGACAAGAAAACCAAGAGACGCUUCCUGGACCUCGGGGUGACUCUGCGGCGCUCCUACAUCCGAGUGAGGAAGGAAAAGUCCAGCCGUCUGUCAGUGGGCAACAGGGAACCCUCAGAAAGCCCCUCCCGCUCCUCGUCGUUCGUCCCCUUCUCCUGGUUUUCUGAAGGGAGGGGCUCUAUCUCCUCCUCUGGGACGCCCCCCCCCUCCCCGAAAGCCCCCCCGCCCGCCUCCCCCCGCCCACGCAGGGCUCAGUCACAGGAGUCGGCUCUCAGCGAGGAUUUCUCUCCUCCUGCAGAUUCCUGCCGGUCCUCACACCCAUACCAAACCCUUUCCUCUGACGAACCUGCGGAGGAUACUUCCUGUCCCGCCUCCUCCUGGACGCGUCAGCAGGUCUGUGAUUGGCUGAGAGGGAUUCACAUGGACCAGUAUGUCCCAGAGUUCAACGCGGGAGACAUUGACGGAGAGCAGCUGCUGCAGAUGGACAGCAACAAGCUGAAGGAUCUGGGCGUGUUCAGUUCGUCUCACCGAAGCGCUCUGAAGCGACGCAUCAAAGAUCUUCUCUCUGCAGCCGAGAAGGAGAAGAAAGCUCUGAGACAGAAAGAGAAACAACGAAGAAGAGACAACGAGACGCACAGGAACUGACCUCUGACUGACCUCUGACCUCCAACUGACCUCUGAUUGACCUCUGACUGACCUCCAACUGACCUCUGAUUGACAUCUGACUGACCUCUGACCUCCAACUGAGCUCUGACUGACAUCUGACCUCUGAUUGACCUCUGAUUGUGACCUCUGACUGACCUCAGACCUCUGACUGACCUCUGACCUCUGAUUGACCUAUGAUUGACCUUUGACCUCCACAAUAAAAUGACCAUUUCAAUAAACAAAUCUGUGAAAAUC